CUUGUCCAACUUAAUUCCAUCAAUAACCUUUAUAAUAGCUGUUUUAUGCAGGUAAAUCAACAAUUAAAGUGAAAUCUUAUCAGCACAUUUUUUUUCAGACAUUGCAAGCUUUUGCAAAGAAUCCACGUGUGAUUUAUCCUUAAAGACCCUUUUUUUAAUUAUUUCAAACUCUUUGGGGACUGCAACUUUUUGUUUGGUUUGUAACAUGCAGGAUGGAGCCCUUGGACAUCUCCAAGCCAAGUGCCCAAGCAAAGGUUGUAGGCACUCUUGUUGCCUUAGCCGGUGCAAUAGUAAUGACACUUUACAAGGGUUGUGUUGUGAUUUCACCACACUCUCAACUCCAACAUCGGACUGGAACUUCAAAACUACAAUUCAACAAGGACUGGAUUAAAGGCUCUCUCAUGCUCCUGGUUUCAUUCCUUUCAUUCUCUGCAUUUUAUGUUUUACAGACUAUGACAGUGAGGAAGUAUCCAGCUCCAAUGACUCUUACAUCAUUAACUUGCUUAUCAGGGACUUUACUUUCAGCAAUCAUGGCAGCUGUUCUAGAUCAUAAAGCAUCCUCCUGGGGAUUGUCCUGGGACAUGAAUCUUGUUGCUGUCCUUUAUAGUGUAAGCUUUAUAAAUUCAUGAUUCAUCUUUUCAUUUUUUUUUUACCAUAAAUACUAAAAUUAAGCCUACCAAUGAUAUUUACAUUGUAUCUAUAAUCCAACAUAUAUAUGAGGGAUUAUUGCAGGGGAUUGUCGUAUCUGGACUUUCAAUUUAUCUCCAAGCAUUAGUGG